AUGAGAAAGAAAUUGCAGAAGAACCUAACUGCAGAAAGGGUAACCCAAUUGAAGACACUUUCGGCUUGCAAGGUCGAGUCCCACUUGCUCACCUUCCUCCUCAACCGCGCCACCGAGUCUUACGCCAAAUGCCACUGUCUCUGCGAUGCCCGCGAACUGUUUGACGAAAUGCCCCAACGAGAUGGCGGCACUUGGAACGCCCUCAUUACGGCUUACUCUAAGUUGGGUUUCCCUGACCAGGUUUUUUCCUUGUUUAUGUGUAUGACUAGGUCUGGUGUUUUCCCCAAUGAGGUUACUUUUGCUAGCGUUCUUGCCUCUUCUGCUACUGCUUCUGAGCUUCCUCUUUCCAAGCAAGUUCAUGGGAUGGUCACUAAGUUUGGCUUUUGUGACAAUGUGAUUCUUGGGAGUUCACAUGUUGAUGUGUAUGCCAGGUGCGGGGUUAUGAAUGAUGAUGCUUGCAGGAUGUUUUAUGAGAUUCCGCAGCCUAAUGCUGUUACUUGGAAUGUGAUUGUGAGGUGUCAUCUUGAUGCUGGUGAUGCAAAGGAAGCUAUUUUUAUGUUCUCGCGGAUGUUUUCCGCUGCGGUUCAACCGAUGAAUUUUACAUUUUCUAAUGCUCUUGUUGCUUGUUCCCACCUGUCUGCCCUCCAGGAGGGGAUGCAGAUUCAUGGGGUGGUUGUGAAGUUGGGCCUCCAAGAGGACAAUGUCGUUUCGAGUUCGCAUGUGAACAUGUAUGUCAAGUGUGACAAGCUGGAAGAUGGUUCUCGGGUUUUUGAUAUGCUUGGUUUUAGAGAUUUGGUGUCUUGGACUUGUAUUGUAUCGGCAUAUGCAAUGAGUGGGAAAACUUUGGAGGCAAGAAAGAUUUUUGAUGGGAUGCCUCAACGGAAUUUGAUCUCAUGGAAUGCAAUGUUAGCAAGACAGGAUAUGUUCGGUGGUUUGAUUGGUAUGAGGCGUUAG